AACCUCCGUGUAGUAAACAAAUAAAUGUGGAAAAUGCGGUAAUUCAACUAUUCAAAUAACAAAAAACAUUCUGUAACGUGAAUCAAUCAUUUUAUAAAUAGAUGCUUUAUUUUUUUAACUUAAUAUAGGUUAAUUCGUAAUUUAUUUAUGAAGGAAUUCUAAUUAUCGCUAUUCUAGCAUAAUGAUUCUUCAGAAGAAAUUCUUCGGAAACAUUUUUCGAGCAUUUCGAAAAGCUGUUUACAGUAAUCUAUAUUUCAGUUCAGCUACUGCAAAUGAAGCUAAUAGCCAGUAUGAAGAAGAAUUUGGUCAUACACCUGUAAUGCCGAAUGAAGUUUUGAAAGCACUACAACCAUCGGAUAACCAGGUGUUUUUAGAUAUGACUUUUGGGGCAGGAGGUCAUAGCCGUCAUUUACUAAAUACAGCAGCCAUUAAACUGUAUUGUUUAGAUAGAGAUCCUAUUGCUUAUGAGAAGGCUGUCAAAUUGUCUAAAGAAUAUCGGUCAUCUGUGACCCCUUUGCUUGGAAGAUUCAGUGAAGUGCAAGAUGUAUUAAAAGAAGUUGGUGUGCUACCAAAUAGCAUAGAUGGUAUAUUGAUUGAUGCCGGGUGUUCAUCAAUGCAAAUGGAUUGUCCCGAAAGAGGUUUUUCUGUCAGUAAAAAUGGGCCCUUGGAUAUGAGGAUGGAUGGGAGUAGGUAUCCAGAUGAACCUACAGCUGCAGAUGUUUUAAGCAGUCUGGAUGUGCCCAGUUUAGUGAAGAUUUUUAAAAUUUAUGGUGAAGAAAAACGCUCAAAAAAAGUUGCUCAGGCUCUCUUUGAUGCUCGAUAUAUGUUGAAGUCCAUUAAUACAACGUAUGAAUUAGCUGAUUUAAUUGAAGGAAUAUUAGAUGGUGAAGAAAGAUUUGAUAAGCUGCGAAGAGCAUCACAUUCUGCAACAAAAAUCUUCCAGGGCUUAAGAAUCUUUGUGAAUAAUGAAUUAAAUGAAUUGAACUAUGCAAUGGAGAUGGCUCAUUUAUUCUUAAAACCUGGUGGAAGAAUUGCUGUUAUUACAUUUCAUUCUUUAGAAGAUCGUGUAGUUAAGCGUCACUUUCUUGGCAUUGAUAUGGAUGAGCCUGUAAGUCAAUCAUUAAGUCAGAAAUAUGCCAAUGCUGCACUCUGGCAUGCCAAGGCAGAGAUAGACGAAUUGUAUUCAAAGAGAUGGACUCCAUUAUAUAAGCAUGUAAUUAAACCAUCAUCUGAAGAAGUAGCUGCAAAUCCAAGAAGUCGCUCUGCAAAAUUAAGAGCUGCUUUAAAGAAUAGUUAAAGUGUAUAUGUUUAGUAAGCAUAUUUGUAUGUAUGUGAAUUGAAUAAAGGAUAAAUAUACUCAGUUUA